AUGAGCCUCCGUGAUAUGAAGACCGUCUUCUUUCCCAAUGGUUUUGAAGAAUCUUUUGUCAAGGCGGCUACUAUUGAGCUCCUUAAGGCUGUAGAUUUCCUCCACACCCGCGCAGGGGUCGUUCACACCGGUAUGCUUGUAUUCUUCCUGGAAGACGGCAGACAUUGCAUUUGCUCACUACCACUAGAUAUACAUCCUGGCAACUUGCUACUGGGCUUGUAUGAUAACAAUGUACUCCAAGUUCUCGAAAAGAUGGAAUUUGAUUCGCCUGUUCCUCGCAAGCCAGUUUCGGACUCUCGGACUAUCUAUAUGUCACGACUAGGUAAACCCAAAGAAGGGCCAAUGCUGUUAUCUGACUUCGGAGAGGCAAGAAUUGGCCCAGGACCCCAUGGCGGAGAUAUUAUGCCACUUGAAUUCAGGGCUCCUGAGGUUCUACUAUAUGUAGGCUGGAGUUAUCCGGUUGAUAUCUGGAGUGUUGGGCUUACAAGGCUCUUCACAGCCCGAGAUGAAGAGGAUGGCCAGGCGUACGAUGCGGUUCAUUUUGCUGAGAUGAUUGCAGCCCUAGGUCCUCCGCCAGCUGAAUUUUUGGCCAAGAACCCUGAGCGACGAGCUGAUUUCUGGGGCGAGAAAGGUGAAUGGUUGGAGUUGGCACCCAUCCCAGAAGGCAGAACACUAGAAUUCGUGGAGAACCGGCUGGAAAACAACGAGAAAUUCUUGAAGUUCAUACGGCGAGCUCUGACUUGGAUGCCUGAAGAGAGACCUACUGCAAAAGAGCUAAUGCAGGAUCCUUGGUUGACGUCGUAG